AUGCCCGUUCUACCACUUCUUCCAUUUCCCGCAUUCCUGUUAACUACACAGUCUGGACCAGCAGGUCGCAUAUUCUUUCGACCAAGUGGCCACUUUCAAAGACACCUUGAAGGACCAGCCACCAUUUAUACUUUGCGUCUCUGUUGGCACAGCUUGCAGUAUCCCAAGAAGAGAGGACAUAAGCAAAUAGCUGAGACCACAACCCUCGAGCGAAUCCCUGAGGAAGCCGGAGUUGUCGUCCCUUUGGCCCACCUGAUGAUCACAGUAUGGGGUCAAUGCAAAUUGACACUUUAUAUCCUCGAUGAGAGUGGAUUUCAAGGUCACAGAAUUUGUCUGAAUGCUCACGAAAACCCGAGGAAAGACCGACUUUGGCCACGAGGGAUCUUCUGUUCAUCCAUGAGCCCCAGCGGGACUCGAAGCCAGAGGUUUGCGUUGCAGGGUUGGACAUAUUGUCGCCGGAUCAGAUGCGAUGCUCGGCUCCAUCAGACGCAUGAGAUUGACCGAGCCUGCCGUACAGAUCAAACCUAUUUGGGCUCAAGUAUGCUGGGUCAGAGUCCUGCCAGGGCCAGGGUCGACGCUGAGAUUUGGGUCCUUCUUCGCUUGAUUACAAGCAGAAACAGAGGCUCGAAAACACAUGACUUUUGGGCAUCAGAAACUGGACAACUCGCAAAGAUGUACAUUUGCUCGAGCAGUUGA